ACAAUAAAUUAUCCAAAUAUAUAUAUAUAGAAAGAGAAGGAAAUUAUUAUGAACAAUAUGAAUAUGAACUUCAAGUUACCAUUUGCAUUUGCACUAGUUCUAUUUCUAGCACAAUUAGGAGAAUGUCAACCAGGAGUUUUUGAUGUGACUAAAUAUGGUGCAAAGCCUAAUGAAGAUAUUAGCAAGGCUCUAUUAAGUGCUUUUAAAGAGGCAUGCAACUCAAAAACUCCAAGUAAAGUGGUAAUCCCAAAAGGCAAUUUUUUGAUGAAUCAAGUGAGAUUAGAAUGGAAUUGCAAGGCCCCAUUAGAGCUUCAAAUUCAUGCCACAUUGAAAGCUCCUCCAAAUCCAAACCAACUCAAACAUGAUAUGGAGUGGUUAACUGUUAAUCACAUUGAUCAUUUUACAUUAUCUGGUGGUGGAAUUCUUGAUGGGCAAGGAGAACAAGGUUGGGCACAAAAUGAUUGUAAAAAUUCAGAAAGUUGCAGUAAGCUACCAAAUAAUUUGAGCUUCAACUUCCUCACAAACUCCUUAAUCAGCGACAUAACUUCAUUGGACAGCAAAUUAUUCCACAUUAAUGUGCUAGGAUGCAAGAACUUAACCUUCCAUGGCAUUAACAUAAAAGCCCCAGCAGAAAGUCUCAACACUGAUGGUAUUCAUGUUGCUAGAUCAAGAGGUGUCAACAUUACAAAUUCACAAAUUGGCACAGGAGAUGACUGCAUAUCAAUUGGUGAUGGAGUUCAAGAAAUGCACAUUACUAAUGUGACUUGUGGACCUGGACAUGGAAUUAGUGUUGGUAGCUUAGGAAAAAGUCCUGGUGAAUUGCCUGUGGUUGGAGUUUUUGUGCAAAAUUGCACAUUUAUUGAUACUGAUAAUGGUGUGAGAGUGAAAACAUGGCCAGCUUCACAUGAUGGUGUUGUGAGAGAUUUGCACUUUGAAGAUAUUAUUGUGCAAAAUGUUAGCAACCCGGUUGUUAUUGAUCAAGGUUAUUGUCCUUAUAAUCAGUGCAAGAAAGAGUUGCCUUCACAAGUGAAGAUAAGCAAAGUUAGUUUCAAGAACAUAAAAGGUACAUCAAGAACUCAAGAAGCUAUACAACUAAUGUGUAGUAAAGGUGUGCCAUGUGAAGGUGUAGAAGUUGGAGAUAUUGACAUAAAAUAUAGUGGAAAUGAAGGACCAGCCAAGUCAACUUGCGAAAAUGUUGACCCAAGUCUUGUAGGCAAGCAGCACCCACCAGUUUGUAGCACUACUCCUGCUCAGUCUUCUUGAACACGUUCAGGUGUCUGAAUGAAAGCUCGUAAAGCUGUGAAACCGGGUAAAUUUCACAAAAAGCUACUUUUCAGCUCCUACAAUUGAAAAAAUAGUCAUUAUCAUAGAGUUUCAAAUUCUACGGGUGAAAUUCCACAAUGGCCUUUAUUUCAAAAAUAGGACCGAAAAGUGGCUAGUGAGCACUAUUUCAUGGACACAAUUUGUGCUUGUGUAGGUGUUUAUUUGGCUAUUCAGCCCCAUUUUUUUUUUUUUUUGGAUAAUUUAGUCUUCUUGAGCUUUUAAUAUACAAAGCUCCCAAAACUUUGCCCCUUUAUUAUAAGGGAAUUCCCUUCCCCCCCCCCCCCCCCCCCAGCUAGGUAGUAUCGGACUUGUCUGCUAGGCAAGAUCUAGUAGAUAGGAAAUUGUACAGUAGUGAGUAAUUAACCAAGCUGUACAGUUGAAUUACAAAAAUAAAAUUCAACUUUAUAUCGUGAGAUUUUUU